UGACAAUAAACAGGAAGUGCUGAUAGUGAAGCCACAUAUUCAGUCAGGGGACGUAUGCGAUCAGGCUUGUUUGUCUUUUUUUUUUUCUGUGUGUGAUUCUGAACAUGUUCAGUUUACUUCUGCUACCUUUCAGAGUGAAUUUAAUUUAAAGAUAAAGGUAGGAGUUGACAAGUCUUCUGAAACGUUUACGUUGCUGUUGCUCUAGUUUCACUUUCACUUCGAUCGUUCUGCCUGGGGGGUGGGUUACAGCAGGACACCAUGGCAAGAAGGCUGGUGUUCUCUGAGGAGGACGUCUCCUGCUCCAUAUGCUGCGACGUCUUUAAGAACCCUGUGGUGCUCAAGUGCAGCCACAGCUUCUGUAAAUCCUGCCUGCAGGAGUGCUGGGGCACGCAGGGGAGAAACCGUGACUGCCCCUUGUGCAGAAGCCACAGUGUGGACGACCCCGUGCCCAGCCUCAUCCUGAAGAACCUGUGCGACUCCGUCAACAGUCAUGGGGAGGAGCUGGAGGAGAAAGAGGAGUUGGUGGAGGAUGGCGUUUCUGACUGUGAAAUGUGUCCUGUCCACUCAGAGAGGUUGAAGCUCUUCUGCCUGGUGGACCAGGAGCCCAUCUGCCUGGUCUGUCACACGUCAAAGAAGCACAAAAUGCACAAAGUCUGCCCGGUCAGUGAGGCCAUUGCAGACAUGAAGGACAAAAUGAAGUCUACCUUGAAAUCGCUGAAGACAGAGUUGACAGAUUUUGACAAAGUGAAGAAAAACUAUGAAAACUGCUUGGCACAUAUCAAGGUCCAGUCUCAGUCUGUGGAAAAACAAACCCGGGAGGAGUUUGAAAAACUCCACAGCUUCCUGCGUGCGGAGGAGGAGGACAGGAUGAAGAUGCUGAAGGAGGAGGAGGAAGAGAAAAGUCGAGCGAUGAUACAGAAGAUAGCGGAAAUGGACAAAACGUUAGCUUCCAUGUCUGCACACAUAAGCACGUUGGAGGCAGCGAUAGAAAAGGAGGACAUCUCUAUACUUCAGAACUGCAAGAACACCUUGACAAGCCUAAACAGCAAAGUCCCAGUGUUGAAGCCUGGGGCUCUCAUAGACGUAGCCAAAUAUGUGGGCACCCUGGCCUUUAACGUCUGGAUGAAGAUGCGAAAUGUCAUCAAAUACAGCCCAGUCAUCCUCAACCCAAACACUGCUUGCCGAUGGCUCAACCUGUCAGAUGACCUCACCAGCUUCACAGACAGCGACCAAAAGCACAAUCUCCCUGACAUCCCAGAGAGGUUUGACCCAGACACUGCUGUCUUCGGCCACAAGGGUAUCAGCACGGGCACACACACCUGGGACGUUGACCUCGGUGACAACACAGCCUGGACUGUGGGCGUGGCUUUGACCUCUGUCCCGAAGAAAGAAAAUGUGGCUUCAGUGCUGACAAACGGCUUCCUGUGUUUGCACUUCCAAAAGAAGCUGUUUGCAGGUACGACUCCUCUGACUCAGCUCCCCCACAACCCAAAAAGGAUCAGGGUGAAAGUGGACUGCAACAAAGACCAGGUGUCUUUUUACGACGCACAAAACAGUGUGCACAUUUUCACAUUUAAGCAGGCCAUCACCAAGGUCUACCCCUAUUUCAGGUUGAGGUGCAACAAGUCUCCUAUAACGAUUGAGCCACAGGAGUUUUUUGUGACUGGAGUGUAAAGUAAAUACAAAGCCAUUUGUUUUUACACCUGUUUUUUCUGUCAUUUUGCUCUUAAUACUUGGCUUGAAACUCAGAUUCUCAGUUAAAGGUGAUUUUCUUCAUAUGUUAUCUAUCAAAUAUUUAAUGUUUUGCUUUAAAAUGUAUAUACAUCUGCAAAUCAAAAUUAAUUAAUGGGGAUAGUAUAGUAUAUUAACACAUUAUUAUUUGGUUUAAUAAAAGUAAAAAUACCUCCACUGAUAUGGUGUACCUAUCAAAGGCAUCAAGGUUGGCUGAUUUCCUUUCACUAGCAGGUCUUAAAAUUGUGACUGUGUUCCUUUUAUUAACCUUUUUACAUUGUGAAAGUGACAUUCUGUACCUAGUAUGCGAGGACAUAAUCUUUUUCACAUACGUUUUCCUGCACCACGGAGGCUAGAGGACUGCAGGUAAUGUACCCGUUGUUUACUGUUAUUGCCGGUUUAGCUUCCCAAUUAGCCUACGCGGAGUUUCAGGAGAAAGGUUUGACGUGAGGUUAUUUAAAAUUUGGAAAUAUAAUAUUGUUGAUUGAUGUGCCUAAGUGCAGUCAAAAAUAUCGUUUCGUCAAAAUCCGAUAAACAGCCGUCCGUCAUCAGUCUGGUAGAACAUUGUAGAACAUGUUUGGCGCUGACGUUAAAUAACGAUUGAUUUAGUCUCCACAAUGUCACGUUUUUUUAAGCUAAAAACUGUCAUUGUAGAGGAACGUUUAUGUAU